GUCACUGGGGUGGUCUGGUUCCAGAAAAAGGAGGGCUUCAGUUGGGUUCACUUCUGUCUGCGGAGAGGACAUAUAAAAACAUACAGACUGAAGAGACAACAGCAGAAAAGAAAGGUCUUGAUGAAGAUGAUAAGAUGAAGGCUCCACUGUGGAAAUUACUUUCAUGAAGCUGUAGAUGCUUAAAACUUUCCAAGUCAAGACUGAUGAAGCGAAGGUGAACAGAAGUUUCUGUUUUAUUCCUUUUGGACUUAUGUGAACUAUUACCUAGAAUAGACAGAUGUCAGAUCAAGAUGUCCCCUCUUCCCCCAGCCCUACUCCCUUUCUCCUCUGUGACUACAGCGACUGGUCGCCCUCCCUUUUUAUCAUCCCUUCAGUCUACUUGCUGGCCUUCCUGCUUGGUUGUCUUGGAAACGGCUUGGUGCUGUGGGCCUAUUUGGACCGAUCUGAGGGCAGGCAGACAGGGGCAUGGGGCAAACAGAAAAGGGAAGUCAGACAGCUCUGCUGUAGUUUCAGAACCAGGAUAAAACACGCUCCCCAUGGUUGUUUUUGUCCGACAAACAGAUCAAAUGUCACUGAUUCUUCAGGACAAAGCAGCAGACCCCCGUGUCCUUCCUCCAACACUCAUCCUCCUCUCAUCCCUCGUCCCUCCAGGUCUCUAACAGACUCCCUCAUAGCCAGUUUAGCGUUGGCUGACCUCUGCUUCCUUGUAACUCUCCCUCUUUGGGCAGUUUACACAGCAAUGGGCUACCACUGGAUCUUUGGGCAGGCUCUUUGUCAAAUCAGCAGCUUCCUUACAGCUCUCAACAUGUACGCCAGCGUCUUCAGCCUGAGCAUGCUCAGUCUGGAGCGGUAUUGGAUUUUGACCGGUCGCCAGUCCUCCAGCCAGCAGCCACCACAGAGCUGGCCCUCCAGAGCUUUUUGGGUUCUCGGUGGCGUGUGGGCGGUGGCAGGUGUCCUGGCUCUUCCUGGCUUGCUGCUGCGCUCGGUCAGGGAGAUCGAGCUUGAGCUGGACCCCAAAAACAGCCAGCAGCUGGACUCCAGAAAUGCCAUCCUUUCCUGUCAGAUGGAUUACUCCAUAAUGAUUGGAUCAGAGCUGGAUGACUCAGAAAAAGAGAGGAUGGAGAUGUUGUGGGCUUCUGCCUUGAGCAUCAAAUCAACUCUGUUCGGCUUCCUGCUUCCUUUUAUCAUCUUGCUGGUUUGCUACUGCUCUCUGGCCCAACUCCUCAGCAGACACUUUGGACGGGGCCCUGGUACUGACCGCAAACGCCAGAGGAGACUGCUCCGGGUGAUUGUUACUUUAGUGCUGGCGUUCUUUCUGUGCUGGCUGCCCCUGCAUGUUAAUAAAACCAUGGCCAUGCUCCUGGAGUUUGGAUUCGUCGCCUACUCCUGCUCUUUAGACCAAAGUCUGCUGGCUGCCCACCCGUAUGUCACCUGUUUGGCCUACAUCAACUCCUGCUUGAACCCCUUCCUGUAUGCAGCCUGUGAUCCAUCCUUUAGGAGGAGAUGCAAAGGAGCUCUCCUUACGCUGUGUGGAAUAUGCAGAGGAAGAGGAGAAACCAAAGCCAGCAAGAUUGAUGAACCUGAUGGGAAAGAGGAUGGGAGCUCAACUUUUCCCAUGAGGACGCAGGACACACAUCGGUUAGAGGAUGGGGAGGGAGAGGAGAUGGUGCUUGCAGUGGCUGAGGUGGCCUUUUGAACUCAAAUUCUCAAAGCCACUGUACUAUCUUCCUGAUAAACAGGGUCAUUUAAAAAAAACCUUAAAAAACAAUUGUUUUUUUGUAAACAUAUUGACGGAUAAACAGUGCAUUCUUUGUUUAUGAUGUCACAUUCUCCCCAGAAAAAAGUGUCCACUUCCUAAAUUGUGACAUGUGAUCUGACCAUGUAAUGUGUUCUAUUCAUUGUUUUAUUUUUUAAAAAUUCCUUUUUACUUAGCUUUUGUUGAUGAUUAUUAAAAUGUGUACUAAUUUUUUUCUUUAAAAAACAAGAUCCCAAAAUGUUAAUUAUUUAUUAUUUGGUUGUCCAGAAACUACCCAAAGGUUUCUGACAACUUUGAAUCACUUUUUUUUUAGGCGCAACACAAAUUUAAAUCGAGAAAAUCAACACUAGAAAUGAUUUAUAGGCAAGAAAAAAGAAGUUUAUAUUGAAACCUCAACCUCAACAUAAAAUAUAUAUUUUAUUUCUUUAUUGAAACCUCAACCUAGGCUGCACGG